AAGAUAAGACGUGCGAGAGACAUAAUUUCUGUAAUAGCCACUGCUGUAAAAACACUGAAGACUACUUGUUUGCCAAAACCAAAACAAACACCCAAAAAUGUGAAAAAUACAAAAAAAAAAAAAAAGAAAAAAAAAGAAAAAAAAAAGAAUCAUCCAGUUGAAUAGGAAACCUGCUCACCGUAGUGUUCCAGAUCAAGAUUCGCAGGACUGGAUCUCAGCUAGCUAUGCAUUUCCUUGCUUUCACUGCUGUUUAGAAAUGGAUUGAAAAACUUCUCAAGGAUUUUUUAUUCCAUGAAAGGAAACAUUCAGAGAAGAAAGAAAAAGGCAGAGCUGUCUUGUUGCUGUUAAACAGACUACAACCAUGGACCUACGUAAACAACUGGAGAACACUGAGAGGAACUGGAACAAAGAGAAGAUGGAACUGCUGGAAAAAUUUGACAAUGAGAGGAAAGAAUGGGAAUGUCAAUGGAAAGUUAUGCAGAAGAAAAUUGAAGAGCUUUACCAGGAGGUAAAACUUCGAAGGGAGAACAAUAUGAAUGUCCAUGACAAUAGGGCUAUUCAGAGCAAGAUGCUGCAGCUGUCCAUGCAUUCUCCUGCUUCAGAAAAGUGUGAAACAGUGGAGCUGAACUAUCAACACAAUGUAGUAAAUGAUGGGAUGGAAAGGGGGAUUUUGCUGAGUAAAACAGAACCUGAAUGCAAAGAAAUCAAAACCAAGAGAAAAAACGAUACUCUGUUAAUGGACAAUCUGGCCUUUGAGAACCACGAGGAACUUGAAGACAGCCUCAGCAUCAAAACUUCCAAGAAAAAUGCCAAGAGUUAUAUUGGUGAUCUCAAUGUAGCUCUUAAAGAACUUGCCAGAGUUAGUGAAGAAUUAUGCAGCUAUCAAGAGGAAAUUCGGAAGAAGUCCAACCACAGAAGAAUGAAAUCAGUUCCUUUCUUGGGGAAGUUUGAAGAAACCCAAAACACAGUUAUUCUGCCUGAGAUGAACAAUCUGUCCAACAAUGAAUCGCAGUCUUCAGUUGCACUUGAAAAAGAAGAGCAUAAUAAUAGGAAGAAUCUGAUGAGCUCCACCAAGGUUUUGAAGGAUAUGUCUUACAGUAGUCUUACUGGCAACGGAGGAGAAGUUUUCAGACCUUGUCAACAGAAAGAAGCUCCACCAGUUCCUCCACGAAGUACUUCUCGGCACUUAACAAGCUCGCUUUCCACAGUUGUGCAGCUUCCUGAAGCACCAAUGAGAGAUCCAGGCAUCAAAAGCAAUUGCAAGUUUCAGGACUCUAGGAGUGGAAGGAAACUGACAAAUCCUUCAUCUGUAAAACAAAAUGAAACUAAAAUGGCCUGUGCAAAUGAGAAGCAGACUGGGAAAGGUCCUGUAAUAGUAACUGCUGCAAUACCUGUAACCAAAAAUGAGUGCGUUGCACCAAGUUUCUGCCACAACACAUGGGCAUAUGAUGUUGGAAAAGACAGUAAAAAUGAGCCUUCCCCACUGUCAGCCCAGAAGAGUUGUUCAGAUGGAAAUAUGGCCCAUAGUAACAGAAUGCACCAGAAACAAAGUUCCAAGUCUCACUUCAGUCCUUAUUACUGCAAUGACUUUUAUGCCGCUGCUGCCCUGCACAUUGAUCUUUUGGGAGACUCCAGUUGUGCUUUGGGAAAGGCUCAGAGAAAUGAAACUUUAGCAGCGAAGAUUGAUGAGUUUAACCGGACUGUAUUUCACACAGAUAAACGUAACACUACUUUGCAAGAAAACCAGGUGACUCGGACAGCAUUAGAAGAUCACAAACCCUGCAGCCCACCGUGUGACUCUGCUAUUAGCAGGACAGAAACUGUAGAUUCAUCUUGUGUUUCAAAUCCCAAACUUUCUGCAGCAAAAGAACAAGAAACUAGCAACCCUAGCAAAGUUGUCAGAACAGGAGGGCAACAAAAGCAAAUAAAUGGACUUCCAAAUACCAGUGGUUACAGGCACAUGCUUCAUGAGCAUGACUGGAGACCGAGUAAUCUAUCCGGUCGCCCGCGUUCGGCUGACUCAAGAUCAAACUAUGGUGUUGUUGAAAAGCUUUUGAAAAACUAUGAAAAAUCUGCAGUGAUUUCUCCAUGUAAUGCAAAAUACUGCAAAGAUAAGUGGACACGGGCAAACUCUGAAUCCACUGAUGGAGGUUGUGAGACACGGAAUCAGUAUUUAGAAAUGCUUCCGUCUGAGCAAGGAAAGCAAGAAUUUCUGAGGAAUUCAGGCAGGCAUAUUGGGCAGCAACUGAAGCAAGGAAGGGAGAGACAGAAGUUACCAGAGAUAUCUGUGCCAGCUAAAUGUUCAAAUGGGAAGGGUUUCUCACGGCCAGCCCGACCAGCAAAUAGACGCCUGCCUUCCAGAUGGGCAUCCAGAUCACCAUCAGCACCUCCAGCUGUGAGAAGGACAGCAUACAACUGCUCUGUUUCCUUUCGGUCAGAGACCUCAGUAGUUUGAACCCAGAAACGGGUCGGAUGGUGUUGUGAAAGCUCUGCACCUCAUUUUAACUCUGUUCAGUAUGUGUGGUAGCAACCAGAUCUACACCGUCCUAUCUUGUUCAAGAACGACUCCAUCACAUGCUGGACGAAAUGGUUUGAAUCUUAGGUCAUCAUCAUGGUCUUCAGUGUUUUUAUUGAGAGGAAACAAUGAUACCCCUGGUUUUCUCCUUUUCUUUCUUUCUUUUGUUUUUUGGUACUAGCUCACAGAGAAUUUAUUUUGAGUGGCAUCUGUCUUAAUUUGCCAAUCAAUUUUGAGUUGAAACAAUGUAUAGUGCUGUAUAUUCUGACUCUUCUGCAAACAGCAGAACAUAAAGCUGUAUGCAUGAUCAUGUGUUUGUAGGUGCAUGUGUUGGACUAGGAAGUAUACAGGUCUGUAUUUAGAAGAGACAAACUGUGCUAGCGUUGACAUUGAAAUUACAACAAUAUGCCAACAUAUAUAUAUAUAUUUACUUUGUGUUUAUUUUAAAAAUUUUGAAAUAUACAGUCCUGAUGACAUUUAUAUUUUGUAUAUCUUUUACAUAGGUUCACAGGUGUAGUAUUUAAUGUACAAAAUCUAAAUAUGCAUUUUUGUGACUCUAAUUGCAGCGAUUAUGCCUUGCACAAUAUGUAUCUGAAGCAGACUAGCUCGACUGAUUUGUCAGUCAUGCUUCAUGGCAUCCUUGUUCAGUUUCCUAAUCCUUAUAAUACUAGGUCAAAAUACCUAAACAUAUUUUUUCUGAAUUAAAAUAUUAUAUGAUUUGUAGUACAUUAGCCUUUUUCAACACCAGAAACAUUCCUGAAAUGUUCUGAUCUCUUUAAAAGUCUUUAAGCGUGCCAUUAUAUAUAUAGCAUACUGUAAACAGUUCAGCACUUCCAACCAGUGUAACAUACAAUUUAUGAAGGGAAAAAAAGGGUUGAAUGUGCUCAAUUCUGUAAAACUUAUUUUUCCUUCUAGCAUUAUAUUUUGAGGUUUGGCAAAGUCAGAGAACAAUGGACUUGUUUACUUUCACUCAAGGCAGGAGAACAAGGACUGUUGAUCCCAGUGCUACAGACGCAUGCCUUUUUUACUCUCCUCCUAGACUAGAGUGCCUGAGCCGCUUGCUAGCAGCAUGCUGCUCCUUGACUGACUUCUGACAGUCAGUAAUGAAGUUUACUUGCAUUCUAGCAACACCUGCAUCUAGUAUGGAAGUACUGUAUAGAGAUCUCAUCACAGUAGUGCCAGAAAUCCUCGACAAGUGGUAUCGGAAGUGUUAUUGCCAUCGCCUGACUCAGUAUUUUGGGCCAUCACAAUGAUGUAUACAGAGCCUGGCUUGUUCCUCCCCACAGUGUGAAAGAAGUACGGAUACUGACCAGACUCUUGCUGAAAAGAUGAAGUCCUACAUCCUGGAAUUUUCUGCACCCUCUCCUAGGCUGUUGCUGGAUGCGCAGGGUAGUAAUGAUGAUAAAUGGUACCUUUAAACAGCAUGUCUAGGUUAAAAGGAGUAAAGAGGCCCUUCUUCAACAUUAGCCUAAUCUUGUCUUGCAAGUUUUUUUCUUCUUCUGGAGAAACAGUGUGUUCAAAGGAGUUUCAAAAAUCAUCCCAAGCUCCAUUAACAUGUGCGUCUUCAUAUGUGAAUGUAAAAAGGAAUUCAGAGAGAGUGUAGGCUUUUGUCCUAGUGAAUUGUAUGUUUGGCAAUAUAUGGAAAAUUAGUUGUGCUUAAUUUGUUAGUGAUAUGUUGUCUUAUCCCAGUCAUGCUGAGAACCCUCACCUUUUUUCUUCUUUUUAGGGCCUAUUCUUCUUUACGCAACUACUUUUUUGCAGAGUAAAAACGCAGCCAGCCAUAUGUUCCGAGCAAUGUACCCACUAUUGUAGGAUCAAUAACUCUUCAGGCAUGCCAGUGUUGGAUUGAGCAGGCAGUAGUGUCAUACAUCCAAAAUUACAUGAAGAAUCAUGGCUGCCUGCAUGGCAAAAACAUGCUCAGACUAAUUUGGCCCGUCUUAACUUUCUGGCACUUUAUGUGUGUUAGUAUAUAUAUAUGAAGACUUCAAACAGAUCAACAAUUAAUGAAAAACAGUUCAGAUUUUAUUACAAAGUUAUUACUAGAAAAGACAGAAGACAUUGAAGAAAAUUCAUACAAUUUGGACAGAGAUAAAAAAAAACAAUGUUUGAGUGAAAAAUGAAGAGUAAUAUCAAUUUGUCUCUUUGCCCUAAUUUAGAAAUUUCACUCCAUUAAAGUCCUUAGAACUAGAAAGAUUACAGAUGAUUUACAGUGAAUUUGAAACAUUAUUUAAGAUUCUUCUAACUAUGAAAACUAGCAUACCAAAAUACCUUAAAUUGACCAUUUAAAUGCCUAAGUAGUCAGGCAACUUUAAAUGUGUGUAGCUGACAAAAUGGUGAUAUGAGAGAAUGGUAAAAUUAUGGUCCUUAAUUUCAGUCAAUACUGACUGCAGUCAAGCUUAUUUCAAUUACCUUCAUGGUAAUGUUAUGCAUCUUUGUUUUGAAAAAUGGUGGUACAGUUUUGUUUCAAGAACAUAACAGUACAGAACAGUUUCCCUCAGUUAGUCAAUGGAUGUGUUUCUUUUGCACACUUAACUUUCUUUGAUCGCUUUUAACAUAAUCACAUUGUUGAAUAACAGAGAAAGGAUCAAAUACCUACAACAUUCCCUUAUGUAUGUAAGUUUAAUGAACGGAAGAUUUUUGAAAUAAACUAAUAGGUCAAGGACAACUUCAUUUUGUCAACUUUUUCUGUGUCCACCUAAUUACAGACAUAGGUUCUGAUGCCUGAAAGUAUCAAAACUGGUGGUUUUUGUCUGUAGGUGGUUUGCUGGAUAUACUGAUUUUAGAAACUUGCCACUGUGGCUGUUUAAAUAUUCUCUUCAGCCAUACCCAUGACAGGGCCUACGUACUGUGGCAAGUUUUUAUUUUGCUCCCAGAGCAGUGAUUACUAAACCAUAGCACUGUCUUUAUUGCAUGUGUUUGCUGUAGGAAGAAGGUCCCCCAUAUGAUCUCUUAGAAACUCUCAGGCAAGGGAGGAUCUAUGUCUUCACACAGGCACACUCAAAAAAGAACUAUUGAUGUAAGCAUUGACCUUCCUUUAAUACUGGUGUCACCUAUGGAAGCUGAUAGUUUUCCAAGUUAUUUUUUAAAAUAAUAUUUUGUUAUUUUUCCAUAUGCCAUUUGUAUGCCAUCUACCUGGGUAAGUGGCGGAGUCACUGGCCCUGGAGGUGUUCAAGAGAUAUGUGAAUGUGGCACUGAAAUACAUGGUUAGUGGGCAUGGUGGUGAUUGGCUGAUGAUUGGACUAGAUGACCUUUUCUAACUUUAAUAACACUUAUGAUUUUAUGGUAAAGUCUUAAUGCAGAUAGAGGUUGUUCUUACCUGUGCUCUGAACGAGUAUAGACUCUUGCUACAGCAUGGUUGUGGAUGUUAAUGCUGAAUGCAGCAAGAAAUUUUCAAAGUGUAAAAACCUUAAAUGGAGUAAUAGAAAGGAUGGUUGAAUCAACAACCUCACACACAAAAAGUCAGCUGCCCACUGACAUAUUUACAAGCUGUCAGAGCUAGGGGAUAUCACUAGGAAUUAGCUGGCUGGUGCUUAGCUGAUGGAAGGGAUUGUUCUCCACUAUACUUGGAGAUGGAGCCAUUAUCUUUCUUUAAACUCUUAGGGAGGAACAUGGAGGGGCAGAGACACUGACUUAGUUGGACCAUGCCUACAAAUACAGAACAGCAGUAUUUUGAGCACCCCCAGUGCUCACAAACUGGGUUGGCUCAUGGCUUCUGAUAGAGACAGAAAGAGUAGAGGGAAAAAAAAAUGUGCUUUUAAGUUUCUGUACAUCAUUCCUAAAUGUUUCAUCUUUACAGUGUUAGUGAUAGACUUUUAUGUACCUUAAGAUGUUGCUGAGGGAUGAAUUUUGCAUGUUCUCCAUCAACAAUACAAUUAUCUUUGACUAUAAUACAUACGGUAAAGGAGUUAGCUGUUAGAUAUCAAGAAGAACUGGCAAUCAGUGUAAUGUGAUUUUCCAGAGCAUUCAGAGCACCAGUUUAUUUCUGCAGUUGUGGGAUUGUUUUUUUUUUAAGCAUUUGUUUCUGUAAGUAGGGAUUUUGUAUCCAAUGGCUCAACUGCAGCUCAGCAGGCAGGCCAUUUCCCUUGGAGUUUUGUUAUUUCUGGACCAAGCCUAAAUUUCCUAGCAUGCAAGAACUUACUCAAUUCUCACACUGUUGCUAUGCAAAGAAUUCCUUUAGCUUUCAGAUAUAUAAUAUACAGCUCUUGCUGUUACACUGCUGAUAUUCUCUAUUGAACAAAUCUGUUGUAGUCUCUUUGAUUGUUUAAAUGCUCUUUAAACUGUAGGGCAGAAUGCAUUUGCUCUCAGUGCACUAAGUCAGUGCCCCUUUGGCCUUUCCAUUCCUCCUUGAUCCCAGUGAAUGUAUAUUUUAAGGUUAUUUAGUGACAUUACUGUUUAUGUAUAUGCCAUACCAUAAGACUUUCUACUUGUACUGACAUCAAAAUAUUUUGGGACAGCCUAUUCUUAAAAAUACUGGUAUUAUUAUUGCCAUUCAGAAACAUAUUACAUCUUAAUCUAUUGUUUUGUAUCACUGAGAAUACAUUUUUUUCAUCAGCUGUUAAUGGUAUAUUAUAUAAAACUUGUUGCUCUCGCUUUUUGAAAUGAGGUUUGAUGUGCUUUGCCCCUAACCCUAAUCCACACUCUUUUUCUGUUUUGCAUAGUACUUGUGUCAGCAAAGGUGUAUUCCUGAUGUAUGUGGUUCAUCCUGUUAUUGUGUGGCUGUGGAAGCUCAUAACUAAGGGUGCUUUGCUAGCUGUGUUACUCUAUAAAGUCAGCUGUAUCAAAUUUUCCCUGGGGUAGGAGAGCUUGAACCCUCAAUGAGGAGAAAGUGAAGUGUGCAAAUAAAAGUCAGAAGGAAAACAGAUCAACUGAAUAGGAGAGUGUAACACUUGUUAAUGCUGUGGCUAGUUCUUUGCCUCUAAUGGAAGAUCCAUAUGUUCUGCCUAUUUCAUAUCUCCUGAAACCUCCGCUGAUGUGUUCUCUUUUCUCAAUCAGCACCUUUGUAUGUACCCUCCUCCCAUUCUGUGAACUCAUAGUAGCAACAAUACUGAAUACAUACUGAAAUGUAUGUUAAAUUGACACCAAUCAUUUCUCUUUCCAUAUUUGAUGGUAUGGUAAUUAUAGAAGUAUUUUAAA